AUUGAAGGUAAAAUGAGGGAAAAUCUAUACCACAUAUAAUAGGAAAGAAUGCAUGUGUGGAAUGCAUCGACCUUACAUGAAUGAGACAUUUCAGAGUAAUUUGGCACAUAGUUCUUCUGAAAGUUUGAGCAUCCCAAACUGAAGAUGAAUGUUAUACUACAGUUUAGGGACAUUGCAGCUAAAAUUAAUUGGCUCUGAAGUAUUUACAAUAGAUUUCUGGAUAAAUUGAGUGCCAAAUUUUGAAUUGAGGUUGAAUAAUUGAAGAUAUCUUCAAUGGAUUUUGAUGAGGUGCUGAGUAACUGUUUUCCAUUUCUGUAUACCCCUUCAUAGGAAUCCUAUUUGAAAGAAUAGCCAAAUACUCUAGGAUUUUAUAAAAAGAUAUUGUAACAUAACACAGAGUAUAAAUUGUUAUCACUGCUGGAAGGAUUAUUACUGCAUAGUAACUCUGCUUUUUUCCUUCAUAUUACCAAAGAUGUUUGGAAAAAUGUUGAAGUGAGUCCUCAUGUUGCAAUUGUUAUGUGAGAUAUCUAUAGGGAUUGGGACCCAGUAUGGGUCAACAGCCUCGGCCUACCAUCAACAUGAACUCGAGCACCUCUGCCCGAUCUUCGGGCUAUCAUCAAAAGGCUAUGGAAGAGAUACAAAACUCUCUUCGGCCAUAUGCAAAGAGCGGUAGUGAAGCUAUUGAAUCUAGUGCAGCCAGCACCAUAUCCAAUUUUUCUGCUACAAGUGGAGUUAGUUCUUUCAGCUCUGCAUCUGGAGGAACUAGUUCAGAUAAUGAUGUUAUUCAUUUGCAUCAUAUGCUCUCCCAACUUCUCAGUAUGGGAUAUUCGGAGGAUGCUGCCAUGAGAGCAUUACAAUUCUCUAAUGGAAGAAUGGAAGCGGCAAUUGAUUAUUUGAUGAAUAAACAAAUAGACUCGAAAAGUGGUUACACCAAAUUGAUCAGGAAACCUAGUCUAGAAAGAGAGCUGGUGAUGCCUCGGGGAAGUCCUGCUCUGGAUAGUGGAGCAGGAAGUUCUCGGUCAGACAGUCCUCGACUUACAGAUAUCCAAUCCACUGUCAGUAGGUACUCUCCUAGUUUCAACGAGCCGCCUCCCCCACCCCCGCCUAGAAAUACCCCACCUCCUCCUCCACCUCCCCAUGUUUCAGCUUAUCAGCCUGUACCUGGUAAUGUUCAUCAACUGUUUAAGCGUAUGUCUCCCGCUCCUGUUGUUCCUUCCAGACCACCACCGGCUGUUUCCUCAUAUACUUCACCCUCUCUUCAACAGAGAGGCACUAGUCCUGUAAGCAGUGUUUCAUCAUCUGGUCGUCAACCAAUGAUUGUCCAAAAUGGUCCACAAGUUCAGCAGCAACUUUCUCAGCAAAUGCAAGCACUCAGUUUGUAUCAGAGCAGUGCUGCUUCAUCAAAUGCUGAACCACCCCCUCCUUAUCCACUCAUAUCAUCUAGCCCUUCAACCAAUCCCCCACCACCUUCAUAUUCUGUUUCAAUACAAAAUAGACAAAGUCCUACGCAAGAUUUUAGAAAAAGUCCUUCAUCUGGAAUAUAUUCAGGAUCCACUUCUGCAGGAUCCCCUAGUCCAAGCCCUGUGUCAACAUCUGCAUCGAUAGCCAGACCCGCGCCCAUUCAGGCUUGGACAUCCAGACAGACGAAAACACAACCUCCAAUUAUAAUGCAGUCAGUUAAAAGUACUCAAGUGCAGAAACCAAUUUUACAGACCGCGAUUGCGCCAACAGUUCCGCAGAUUCCCCCUUCUCCUAGCAGUACGACUCCUCCCACCACCGCAGUUCCACCACCAUCCUAUAACAUAUCCAUCCAACAGAAAGCGUACACAAACGGUAUAAACGCAAAUGCUCUUGCAUCAUCAUGUCCCACCACUGCUCCAACUAUUAUUUCUGUACCUACGACAGAACCUCCAAGCUAUGCCAGCACGAUGCAGGCAAAAGUAAAAGCGCAAAGAGGCGCUAAUCAUCCUCAGCUACCACCUCCACCAUAUACAGAUGAUAGUCAUGCUCUGGUAUCAACAGUUGAAUGUGCUAAGUCACCUAGAACUUCUCCACACGUUCACCCUCCGUUGAAGAGGAAAUAUUCACCUGCUAUACCUCAAGAUUGUGUUCGAUCCGAUAGUCCGCAAUCGACUUGCGUUGGUGAAAACAGGGGUUAUUCAGACAAUGCUCCACCACUGCCACCUACAGCAUCAUCUUCAGUCAAACACAAUAAUAUGAUGAACGGUAAUAGUGAUAAUAAAAGCGAUGCACCUCCUCAGUUGCCUCCUUACACGAAAAUCAAACAUCAAUCUCCUAUCCCAGAGAGGAAAAAAAUUAGCAAAGAAAAGGAGGAGGAAAGAAGGGAUGGUAAAGUGAAAAACUAUUCUCCACAAGCUUUUAAGUUUUUCAUGGAACAACAUAUUGAGAACGUUAUCAAAUCAUACCGACAGAGGAUAUUGAGGAGGAUGCAACUAGAGAAUGAGAUGACCAAAAUUGGCCUGUGUCCGGAAGCUCAACAGCAGAUGAGAAAAAUGCUAUCCCAGAAAGAGUCGAAUUAUAUCAGACUGAAGAGAGCAAAGAUGGAUAAGAGUAUGUUUGUCAAAAUAAAACCUAUUGGUGUUGGUGCGUUCGGUGAGGUUACUCUGGUCAGAAAAAUAGAUACAAAUCAUCUAUAUGCUAUGAAAACGUUGAGGAAAGCUGAUGUACUAAAAAGAAAUCAAGUAGCUCAUGUGAAAGCAGAAAGAGAUAUCCUGGCAGAAGCUGAUAAUGAAUGGGUUGUGAAACUGUAUUAUUCUUUUCAAGACAGUGACAUUCUAUAUUUCAUCAUGGAUUAUGUACCAGGUGGUGAUUUGAUGUCUUUGUUGAUUAAGAAGGAAAUUUUCGAGGAAAAGUUAGCAAAGUUUUACAUUGCUGAACUGACCUGCGCCGUGGAAAGUGUCCAUAAGAUGGGCUUCAUCCACAGAGACAUCAAACCGGAUAACAUUCUGAUUGAUAGAAGUGGACAUAUCAAACUUACAGAUUUCGGUCUCUGUACAGGAUUCAGAUGGACGCACAACUCUAAAUAUUACCAGCCCAAUGGUGAUCACAGUAGGCAGGAUUCUAUGGAUCCCAUUGACGACUGGAAUGAGGAGUGUAAAUGUAAAAGUUUGAAGCCUUUGGAAAGGCGAAGAAGGAGAGAGCAUCGUUGUUUAGCUCACUCCCUCGUCGGCACACCGAAUUACAUAGCUCCCGAAGUGUUACAAAGAACGGGUUAUACCCAGCUUUGUGAUUGGUGGAGUGUGGGAGUAAUACUGUAUGAAAUGGUGGUUGGUCGUCCGCCUUUCCUAGCCAAUACUCCAGCAGAAACACAAUAUAAGGUCAUCAAUUGGGAAACGACACUUCAAAUACCAAAGCAAAGCAAGCUUUCAAAAGAAAGCACUGACCUUAUAUUGAAAUUGUGUACGAGUGCCGACAAACGUUUAGGUAAAAAUGCCAGUGAAGUGAAAGCGCAUCCGUUCUUCAAAGAUAUCGACUUUGAGAAAGGUCUGCGUCAGCAAACAGCCCCUUAUGUACCACGUAUUGAUUAUCCAACCGACACCUCCAAUUUUGAUCCUGUCGAUCCUGACAGGCUCAGAAAUUCCGCGUCCAUCGAUUCAACAGCCUCCGACGAGCAGUUGGACGACUCCAAUCUUUUCCAUGGCUUCUUCGAAUUCACUUUUAGACGAUUUUUCGAUGACGGGGGAGGUCCAGUAUUCAACAGGAUCAAUUUAGAUGAUAACGACAAUCAGGGUCACGUUUAUGUCUGAGAAUUUCAUAUGAGAAGUGUUUUAUUUAUCUUGCCAAAAAAGAUCCUGUUCAAAUGGAUUAGGAAAUGAUUUCUAGUGGAAUAAUUCAUUUGGUACGUACUUUUGAUAUACUAUUACAGGUUCUCCUGGUGUUGAAACCUUUCUGAAGAAUUAUCGGGAGGUAUUUGAUCUAUCAAUGUAAUGUGCCUUCUAUCACUGAAAACUAAUGCUGAAGGAAAUGAUAGCAAUAUUUUUUAGCUGUUUACUAUUGUAGAUCAGUACUGAAAGUAUUAGGUUCUUAAUUUGUGCCUUAAGGUUACAUAUGUAACUGUUUAGGGAGUGGAUGGUGUUUGAUGUUCCAUUAACGAAAUUCUAUGUCAGCGUGCUUGGAAAUAAUAUUUUUAUUUCUGAAACCUUAUUUUUAUGAUGUGCUAGACAUUUACAGAGAGUAUUAAGUUUCAUUUAUUCUCACAAUUGAAAUAGUUCUUGGCGUUUGUAUAGGAACUGAUUUCUGAGAAACUGAAAAGAAUUCGAAAUCAGAGUUGGCAUUUAUUUGCCGUCAGAAAAUAUCAAACCAAU